UUUUAUUGCUAGUAGAUAAUGCCUUUUCAUAUUUUCAUAACCAACCUAAUGUUAAUGAACUAUAUGAAUCAAAUAAAUCAAAUUCUGAUUCAGAAAAAAUAUCUGAUAAUGAAUUAGAACCCGAAACUUCAACUGCUUUAUGUCAACCAAGAUUAAUCAGAACCAACCAGGAUGCAAGUAAUAGUCAUGAUAAUUGUGGUCAUGGUCAUGAUUGUAGUUGUAGUAUUGGUAGAAGUAAAGGCCAUUAUGGUAGUGGUUAUGAUCAGCCAUAUAUUAUAUCUAAUUAUUCAAAUGUAAAAUUAACUAAUAUUAAAUGUGAGUUUUUACAGCCAAUUAUCACUGCUCAUCUUCAGCCUAUGAAUGCGG